AUGGGUGCGGAGGUGAAACACUCCUUUAACUGGCGGAAGGCAACCGUAGCCGAGUGGUUCCAGGUGAGCCGCUGGGGCUGUCCCUUGAGAAGAGCCAAGAGGGGGGCAGCCACGGUGCUGAAGUUCCGGAUGAAGUGGCGGCUUCUCAUCAUCACCAUGAUGAAACUGAACUUCAUCUCUUGUGGAGUAGAACACAAAGCACAGGGACUGGAGCCCAUAGAGAAGCAAAUACUGCUUUUUUGGGCUGUAGACCACACUCACCACGUGAGACGCUGUUCCAUGAAAAUGCUCAGAUCGUGUGAUGUGAAGGAUUAUGAAGACUGGUACAAAGUGGGCACCUCCUGCGUCAUGUAUUUCAAUGAAUCGCUCAACUUUACCGAUGCUGAGUUUCGCUGCAGGAACGCAGCACCUGGUGGUCACCUGGCGUCCGUGCACAGCAGGCGGGCCGAUAACGAUCUAAACUGUAUCGUGCUCAAGUACAACAAAAAGUCUCCUCGCAUCUGGUUGGGCGGCUUUGAGUUUUUUAAUUCUGGUAAGUGGGUCUGGAUCGAUGACUCUAACUGGGACUUUCAGGCCUGGGUUCCAGGAGAGCCCAACAAUCAAAAUGGCAAAGAGGACUGUCUGGAAAUGAACUGGAAAGAGAUUGGGAAGUGGAAUGAUGACAAGUGCUUUAAUAAGAAGAACUUUGUUUGUUCUUUUACCAACUAA